AUGGAGCAGAAGUUGCGACAUGUCUGUGACAAGAGAGGUGGUAACUUUAUCAAUGAAUCUUCUGUGGACAUUCUUGCUGACUUUACUCAUACCCAGGAGGAAAUAGACACUGUCAGUAAGUCAACAGUGAAACAAUGGAAAUCGAAGGGAUGGUAUAAACACAAAUCAGGCUUCAUCACUGGAUCCAUAGCACAACAAUCUGUGAAUAUGCAGAACAGUUUGGAUAAAGGGUUAGAAAGAAAUGUAUCAUCAUUAGUUAAAAAAAUAACAUGCCAGCAAACCUGUUCUUCGAACUUAACUGUUAAUGAAAAUCCUCAAAAUCGCAGAGAUUGGGGCUUGAAGCAUGAAGACAGUGCGCACCUCAGUUAUUACAAAGUUGAAUGCAAAAAAAACACCACAAGCUGUCCCUUCUUUCUAAAGGAUUUUUGCCUUCAAGAAAAAAGCCCUUUGGCGGAGCUAGUGUUGACAACAUUCGUACAUGUAGUUGUGAAGAUAACUGCCCUGAUGUUGUUGUGGAAUAUAAAUGUACUUGGAAGCAUCGACAUAUUCCACCUAAAGAAGCAUUUCUCUCUCCAGAAAUUGGAGGCGAGAUAAAUGGAAACAAAUUUACACCGAAGCGUGGUAGUCGAUAUUACAUGCAAGUUCAAUUAGAGAUGUUUGUAACAGAAUUGGAUAGUUGCGACUUUGUAGUAUGGACUGAACAUGGUGUCCUGUCUGUUUCUAUACCAUAUGAUGAAACUUGUAUGGAAAAUGCUCUUGCAAAGCUUGAAAGAUUUUGGAUGCACCAUGUUUUACCACUCAUGACAAACAGGCUGAGCAAUGCACAUAAAGAUACGUAGGAAACUAAUUAAAAUUGUGUAUCUGUAAUCUGUAAAUACUUAUAAACCCUUUAACCCAUUAAGCGCCAGCGCUCUCCCCUUGAUGAGUAAAAUCAUCUGGUGUUAGACAGAGUAAAAUAGUCUGGUAUUAGACAGAGUAAAAUAAUAAAGUAGAGCGCAUCAGAGCGCAAUGUUACUCAAUGGGUUAACAAGGUUAAAUUUGGGGGCUAUAUAAAUUAACUGCCCUUAAGGUGAUGUUACCACGAGCAACAAGAUUGCUGGUUGAUUUUUGUCUUGGGUGUUGCUAAUAUUUCUAAUCAACAUGCCCUGAUGUUGCAAGUGUAGCAAUUUUGUUGUUCGUCUGGAACAUAUUUGGAUAUACAAGUUUUCAUUGUAAACUAUGAUCUUUUUAUAGGGAAUAAAGAUAUUGAACCAGAUGUCGUUAAACCUCCUGUUAGUGAGCUGUCACCAUGUGUUCCAAUUGUUUCAACACCCAAGUUGCCAACAAGUACAGGUACCCCAAUAGUGAUACCCAGUGAUGGUGAACUGAUGGGCAAUGAUGGAAUUCCAUCAAUUAAGCUGAAUGGAAUUACCAUAUACCAAUCAUGUGUCGAUGGCCUCUUACCUCAAACAAUGAUUAAUGACAUCAUUGUUUCUAUUUUAAUGGAGUAA